GCUGUGUGCAGGUCAAGGCUGAAGUUGUGCCCAGCAUCCCUUCAGCCUCUUCCUCUGAUAAACCUUCCAGAAGUGCUAGCACCAUCACACUUCCCAGACUGUGGGGUCAAAACACACAAGCCAUUAGGAGAAGCAGUCAGAGGGAAGGACGCUGAGGCCAGUCAAAGUGGAAGCCGGCAGUCACAGGGAGAUUUUUGUUCAGGUGCAACUUUUCCCUCAGUUGAGUGGGAUGUUCCAGUACUUGUUUUUCUCCUUCUGUAUCUAUGUCAAGUUACAGCCAGUAUCUUCAGUGGCCCUGGACCCUUGCUCUGCCUAUAUCAGCCUGAAUGAGCCUUGGCGGAACACUGAUCACCAGAUAAAUGGUUCCCAUGGCCAGCCUACAUGUGAUAGCCACAUUGAUGGGGAGUGGUACCGCUUCACUGGCAUGGCUGGCGAUGCCAUGCCUACCUUUUGCAUCCCAGAGAACCACUGUGGAACCCAUGCCCCCAUCUGGCUAAAUGGCAGCCACCCGAGGGAGUCAGAAGGCAUUGUCCAAAGGCAAGCUUGUGCCAGCUUCAAUGGGAACUGCUGUCUUUGGAACACCACGAUUGACGUUAAGGCAUGCCCAGGCGGGUAUUAUGUCUACCGCUUAACCAAGCCUAGUGUCUGCUUCCACGUGUACUGUGGGCAUUUCUAUGAUAUCUGUGAUGUGGUGGAUUGCCAAGGGUCCUGCUUGGAUACUGGAGACUGCAUGUGUUCUUUGGGGACGACGCUGGGACCUGAUGGACAGACCUGUCUUGAUGAGAAUGAAUGUGAAAAGGAUAAUGGAGGCUGCAGUGAACUUUGUGUGAAUCUGAAGAACUCCUAUCGCUGCGAAUGUGGAAUUGGGCACAUCCUGGGAACAGAUGGUAAAACCUGUGAAGAAAUUGAAGGUUGCCACAAUAACAAUGGUGGCUGCAGUCACACCUGUAUUUCAGUGGAGGACACUUACCAGUGUGAGUGCCCACGGGGACUUGCUCUGUCAGAGGACAACCACAGCUGCCAAGUUCCAGUGCUGUGCAAGUCCACCUCCAUUGAGGUGAGCAUCCCCAAGGAGCUGGUUGGAGGGCUGGAUCUUUCUCUCAUCAAUGCCUCCUGCAAAGGAGUAUCCAAUGGCACCCAUGUCAACAUCAACUUCUCUUUGAAGUCCUGUGGCACAGUUGUAGAGGUAGUAAAUGAUAAAAUUAUUGCUACCAAUCUGGUGACUGGCUUGCCCAAGCAAACACCUGGCAGUAAUGGGGACAUCAUCAUCCGCACCAGCAAGUUGUUGAUCCCCGUGACCUGUGAGUUCCCCCGUCAAUACACCAUCUCUGAGGGCUACGUGCCCAACCUGAAGAACUCCCCAUUGGAAAUCCUGAGCCGCAACCAGGGCAUUUUCCCCUUUACCCUCGAGAUUUUCAAAGACAAAGAAUUUGACGAGCCCUACAGGGAUUCUCUUCCCACCCUAAAGCUUCGUGACUCACUGUAUUUUGGGAUCGAGCCCGUGGUGCACGUGAGUGGGCUAGAGACACUGGUAGAGAGCUGCUUCGCCACCCCCAGCGCAAAAAUUGAUGAGAUCCUGAAGUACUACUUAAUUCAAGACGGCUGUGUUUCUGAUGACUCCGUGAAACAAUAUACGUCAAAGGAUCAUCUUGCCAAGCACUUCCAGGUCCCUGUGUUCAAGUUUGUGGGUAAAGACAACAAGGAAGUAUUCUUGCACUGCCGUGUCCUUGUGUGUGGCAUGCUGGACGAGAGGUCACGCUGUGCCCAGGGGUGUCGCAGACGAAUGCGCAGGUCAGCUGGGAUGGAGGAAGAGAAGGAGGAACCUAGUCACAUGUCAAACCAUAUCCUGACAGGUGGUCCCAUUAGAAUCGACAUGGAUGAGUAGCAACUCUCUUACCAUCACAAUGUAGAGGACCCUACCAAAUUCACAGCCAUGCAAAAUGUGUCACAGACCAUGAAAUCUGGCCUUUUGUGUGCUUUUACCUUAUACUAUACAGAUUUCAUGAGGGACACCAGUGUUUCUCAAGUUGAGGGGCCUGACCCAAGUUAUGGGGGAUCACAAGAUUAUGGAAUUGCCACCCUUACUUAUGUGCUGCCUUCAGAGCUGGGCAACUUGAGAGCAGUGGCUACAGCAUUGGCCAGGGCCCAGGUCUGAAGGAAGCACCCAGCCAGCAGCAGUGCAGAAGUAAAAGUGGCAAUAAAUACCAUGCCCAUGUCACCCUUUCUUCUGUACUGCUGAUUUCAGCAUUGGGCACCUGGAGAGUGGCAGCUGCUAAGGUCGUAGCCCUGCAGGCAGUGGUGCAGAGGUAAGGAUGGUAUGAUAGUGCCACCCUUAUCAUACCAUCCUUAUCUCUGUGCUGCUGCUGGUGGUAGCUCUGCCUUCAUAGAAUCCUACGGUUGGAAGAGACCUCAGGAGGUCUUCAAGUCCAAUGCCCUGCCCAAAGCAGGA